UUUCCUAGCAGUUCAUACUUUGCUUGGACGUCGGAUGGUCACUCAUGCUUUAAGGACUCUUUCCGCCGAACUCGGAACUUCACACUGAUCCCUUAAAUUCGGCGAGUGUGGGUACGCCUACUCACCGGCAUGAGGAUCAUAGACUUUGCUAGCGUCCUGCAGCUAGUGUGUUUGUUCCUACGCUGCCAGAGUGCUAAAUUGCCAAAAUAUCAAGCUAUUGUUUAUCCCGAGGUAUUUGAUGCACGUGACGAUGAAGACACUACAGUUCUCAGAAUCAAUGAUGAUAUAACUCUCAACCUAAAGCCAAGCUCUGUCCUACACCCGGAGUUCUUUUUGAGGACCUAUCGUCAAGGAGUUCCACAGCACACCUAUUUUAACGUUGAAGCUCUUGAGCAAAAUUUGUACGACGAUGAAAAACGUUUUGCAGCAGUCAUAAUGACAGAAGAAGACGGCGCUUUGCAAUUGAAAGGGGUCGUCGGUCCAAACUUGAAAAUUAUGCCUGCUGUUGGAAUAGAACGAUCAGAAAGCGGACAUCAUCCCCAUAUCCUUGAAAGUAUUCAUGACACCGACGAGGAUUAUGUUUAUGGUAAAGUUCCAGAGGAGAGGCUAAGCCAGCUUUCUGCCCGCUCCUUGCAGUUCGAUUCAAAGGCUUACAACCUCGAGAUGGUGUAUCCAGAAGUGUUUGUGGUUGUUGACUCCUUCUUUUAUGGACAAUUCUUAAACCGCGAAGACAUGCUAUACUACCUGAUGGUCGAAUUCAAAGUUGUGAACCUUCGUUAUAGGACAGUGUCGAACCCUAAAAUUCAGCUCGUCUAUCGCGGCAUUGAAAUCACUGACUAUAGACAAGAGGGCAAGUACUUCACUUAUAUAGGCGCGGGAAUAGAUGCCCUUAUAUCCCUGUACGCCAUCGUUGAAUUUGUGACAAAAAACAAUGAAACCUACGGAAUUUACGACCUGGUGUACUUCACAACAGGGAGAGAUAUGAUAGCCGUACAAGGAUCGAGACAGGAAAGCGUGCUUCAAGGCUUCGCGUUUGUGGCGGCUGCUUGCACCGACAAGCGUCAACAGCUUGGCGAGGACAGAGCGCACAGUUAUAUUGGCAUUCGCAUCAUGGCACAUGAAAUAGGGCAUACGUUGGGCUGCUCACACGACGGCACAAAUGUUGACGGCAUCAUUCGGUCAUUCAAGUCGGACUCCACGAAUUGCCCCUGGGAAGAUGGCUACAUUAUGAGCUACAUCGAACAGGACAGCAGAAGCUACCAAUUCUCUUCUUGUUGUAACUAUAUGAUGUCUUUAGUUUCAUGGUCAGUCGAAGCUUCCUGUUUGCGGAGCAAUGAGACAACCACGCUAAUAACAGAAGUAAAGAAGACAAUUUAUUUGCCCGGACAGAUGCUAGAUAAAAACAAGCAAUGCAAGAUGACAUAUCCAACAUUGAUAGACACGUAUUACAUGAAGAACCUGGGUGUCCAGCAGUGCGUGGCCCAGUGUUAUGUCAACGGCAGACAGUUUAAUGCCGCCAACUCUCACUGGCCGAUGCUUCUCAUCGAUGGCAGUGUGUGCGAUGAGGCGAACAAUAGGGUAUGUAUAAACGGGAGAUGCGUCAAUGCCAACCUUCCGAGAUAUAAACCCAACAAAGAGAAGACAAGGAAACCCAAGGAAGGCAAGACAAAGAAACCCAAGAAAGACGCGAAAAAGAAACUCAAAAAGAAAGAAGAUAACAAAACUAGCAUGUAACCUACGACAUGCAGCAAUACAACUAAACAGGCACCCUCUUAACCGAUUAAGACCCUGGAGAAUAACAUUGAUGCUGUUUAUUAAUAAACAAAGCA